GAUUCUGGCAACGCUGCAACAAAGUUGUGAUUUUAGUGUGUGUGUGUACGACUAAGUUUUAACACGACUUAGGGAGAGAUUUUACCCCUAACAUAUUAUACUGUUAUUAGUUAUUUUUUAAUCUGACAGCCAAACAGAGGCUUCUAGGAAAUAUGCCUAAGCCAGGAUAUCACACCAUUGAGUUAAACAAGACAGAAUGGGAGGUACCUCAGAGGUAUACUAUGCUCUCGCCUGUGGGUUCUGGUGCCUACGGCCAAGUGUGCUCCGCGAUGGACUCAAAGACCAACACUAAAGUUGCAAUAAAAAAAUUGGCCAGACCAUUUCAAACCCACAUUCAUGCAAAACGAACAUAUCGAGAACUGAGAAUGUUGAAACAUAUGGACCAUGAAAAUAUAAUUGGUCUUCUAGAUGUAUUCACGCCUUCCUCAACUUACGAAGAUUUCCAGGAUGUGUACCUUGUCACACCUUUGAUGGGGGCAGAUUUAAAUAAUAUUGUUAAAACACAAAAGUUAACCGACGAUCAUGUUCAGUUUUUAAUAUAUCAAGUGUUGAGAGGACUUAAAUACAUCCACUCUGCAGGCAUUAUCCACAGAGUAAGUUCAGUUUAGUAGUUAAGGACUUGU